AUGUCUUUUGAGGAGCUGAGGUUAAAGGGAAAUGAGGCCUUUAAGGCGAAGAAGUAUGAAGACGCCAUCGAUUGUUAUACAAAGGCGAUUGACAUGAGUCCUGAAUCGGAGGUUGCUGCUGCGUUGUAUUCAAAUCGUGCGGCUUGCUGGCAAAAUAUGGGGAAUGCGGCGAAUGCACUGAAGGAUGCGGAAAGCUGUAUUCUUUUGAAGCCAUCCUGGCUAAAGGGAUAUUACCGAAAAGGGUCGGCACUUGAGAGCAUGCAGAGGUAUGACGAGGCGCUGGAAGCAUUUCAGCGUGCUUCAAAACUGGAACCUGAAAGUGAAGAAAUUUCAGACAAGUUGCAGAGGCUGGUCCUCAUUCUGAGGGGGCGCAACGAGAAGGCGACUCCCGAGGGCUGUAGGACCUCUGAUGAGGCCAGGAGAAUAGGCAACUCCAUGUUUUCCGCUGGAAAUUUUGAAAAGGCAAUGUUGUUCUAUUCUCGUGCCAUUGAGCUUUCCCCCGAUGGGAAUGGAGAAUUGGCUAAUUAUUAUGCAAACCGUGCGGCUUGCCAUCAGCCAACGCGCAAUUACAAUCUUGUUAUCAGGGAUUGUGACAAAGCCCUUGAGAUUGAUUCUACCCAUGUCAAGGCACUUAUGCGUCGCGCUAUUGCGUAUGAGGGACUAGAGGAGUGGACCAAAGCGCUGAAUGAUUAUAAUCAGGCUAACAGUUUAUUUCCCGGGAUGGCGGCUGUGUCACAGGGCGUUCUCAGGUGUCGGCGUGCAUUGAUGCGCUAA